CCGGGAGGACGUGUGUAGUUCCUCCGCCAAUGGACGAGAGCCUCACGGUGCGCAUCAUCUGGCAGCUUUGCACCAAAAGAGGAGGCUGCAAGAUCCGCGCUAGUCUUUCCCGUAGAAUGUACUCGGACUCGGACUGGGACCAGCAGACGAUGCAUUGAGGACGACUCCGGACGGUGACGGACUAUGUCCAACAUGAGUGUGAUCCAGGCCGCGCACGACGCCGGCGGCCCCAACAGGGCGGAGGCAGGCAGCGGGGGCGGCCCCCCGAGGCAGACACCCACCGGCGGCGGCGGUCGGAGCAGAGAUGUCCGGCAGCAGCAGCAGCAUCAACAGCGGCAGCAGCAGGGCGGCACCAUGCUGAAGCAGGCCGGCCACAGCGAGCCCGCCGACGUGGUGAAGCGGGCUCUGGACUUCAAGUGCCAGGGCAGCCAGUGUUACAAGGACAAGAAGUACCGGGAGGCCAUCGGCAAAUAUCACCGGGCGCUGCUGGAGAUGAAGGGGCUGUGCAGGGUGCUGGGGGACCCGGAUGGAGCGGGAGCCAAGUCCCCGUCUCCUCUCCUGGCCGCCUUCUGCAAGUCCGGCCCGCUGACGGAGGAGCAGCAAGGAGCCAUGGAGAACGCCGAGCUGGAGUGUUACAAUAGUCUCGCAGCUUGCCUCCUGCAGAUGGAGCUGGUGAACUACGAGCGCGUGAAGGAGUACUGCCUGAAGGUGCUGCACAAGGAGGGCAAGAACUUCAAGGCCUUGUACCGCUCGGGCGUGGCUUACUACCACCUGGGAGACUUCCAGAAGGCGCUGCACUACCUGAAGGAGUCGCACAAGCAGGAGCCUUCAGACACUAACGUCAUUCGGUACAUCCAGCUGACGGAGAUGAAGAUUCGCCGCAACGCUCAAAGAGAAAAGAAGGACACCACAUAAGACCUUUGACCUCCCACUUCCUGUCCCGCCUCUCACUGUGUGCCGCCCACUCUCGUCCUGGCGCCAAUCUCACCUUUUUCUCUUCGCCUCGCACGGCAGAUCACCUCAUAAUUCAUGUGUGUGUGUGUGUGUGUGUGUGUGUGUGUGUGUGUGUGUGUGUGUGUGUGUGUGCUUCAAGCCAUUUAACUGAUGAAAUAUCACUGCCAGUAUGACAACGUGCACGACUACACUCUGCAAAGUACAGCUUUACACAAACACAAGAGUACUCCACACAUUGCACAACAACACAACUCUAAUAUGACACACACACACACACACACACACACACACACACACACACACACACACACACACACACACACACACACACACACACACUGUUUUUGCUGGCAUAAAAGUGAGCACAAUUUGAUUAAUUUCCGAAACAUAUGACAGCGUGUACAUAGAAAGUGUAUUUAUGAACAUUUGUAUUGUUUUUGUGAUGCUUUAUGAUUUUUUCCAGCUAAUAGAGAGAUCGCUGAUGUAAAUAAACAAACUCAACAAAAGG